AUGUCUUCGACUAACAACUUCAUUGCCCCUAAGAUCGUCUUGUACGAUGAGACCACCAACAACAACUACAAGAAGAUCAGCGAGAUGGACCAAGCCGACCUCGAGAUCCUUCUCAAGCAGGCCUACAUCGACGCGCGUGAGAUUGUCCGCGAGUCCGAUGUUGGCGAGCCCAUGACCCUGCUGGCCCUGCUCGCAGUCUACGGCAUGCAAGAAGUCCACGCUCUCGGCUUCAAGUCCCCCUCCGCCAUUCGCGCCAUGGCUAUCAAGGUUGCUGCUGGCGAACGGCGUGGAACCAAGGGUUGCCUGUACCAGGCGAGGCGCGAGGUGAUUGCUGCCGCGACGCAGCGUAGGGCCGAGGAGAAGCAGGUCGAGGAGGGCGCCGACGCUAAUGGUGCACCCGAGAAGGCGAAUGCUUAG